UUACUUCAGAAAUCAUGCAACUGGUGACAACUGAGCUGCUUCAGACAGGAAGAACUUUAAGCUGAGCAGUAGUGGCUCCCCUGAAUCUGGAGAGAAGAGGAGCCCCUGGAACCAGUAAUGAGCCAUCCUGACUACAGACUGAACCUCCGACCCCUGGGGACCCCCAGAGGUGUGUCCUCUGUGGUUGGUCCCCAUGGUUUUGGUGCUUCGCCAGGUGACAAAAAGUCAAAGAACAAGUCCACGCGAGGGAAGAAAAGGAGCAUAUUUGAGACCUACAUGUCCAAGGAGGCGGUUUCAGAAGGCUUGAAGAGAGGAGCACUUAUCCAGGGUGUACUGAGAAUCAAUCCAAAGAAGUUUCAUGAAGCCUUCAUUCCUUCCCCGGAUGGUGAUCGAGACAUUUUUAUCGAUGGAGUUGUUGCUCGUAAUAGAGCUUUGAAUGGGGAUCUGGUGGUUGUGAAACUGCUUCCGGAGGAGCAGUGGAAGGUAAUUAAGCCAGAGAGCAAUGACAAAGAAACAGAAGCUGCCUACGAGUCUGAUCUUCCCGAGGAGCUCUGUGGACACCACCUCCCACAGCAGGCCUUGAAAGGCUAUAAUGAUAGUCCUGAUGUCAUUAUAGAGGCUCAAUUUGGUGACAGUGACUCAGAAGAUGGACAUGGAGACACACAAAAUGUGCUGGUUGAUGGUGUUGAGAAACUCUCAGUUCACGCUCAGGACAAGGGAAAAGAGGAUGCCAAUGCACCAGUUACAAAAGAUGAGAGCACCUCCAUGUCACAAGACACAAAAGCUUUAUCAGAGAAGUCGCUGCAGAAAUCAGCUAAGGUGGUUUACAUCUUGGAGAAAAAACAUUCCCGAGCGGCCACUGGCAUCCUCAAACUGUUGGCUGAUAAGAACAGUGAGCUGUUUAGGAAAUAUGCCCUGUUUUCUCCCUCAGACCACCGAGUGCCUAGAAUUUAUGUACCUCUCAAGGACUGUCCCCAGGACUUUGUGACCCGGCCUAAAGAUUAUGCCAACACAUUGUUCAUCUGCCGCAUCGUGGACUGGAAGGAGGACAGCAGUUUUGCACUGGGGCAGCUGGCUAAGAGUCUUGGGCAGGCUGGUGAAAUUGAGCCUGAAACAGAAGGGAUACUAACAGAGUAUGGUGUAGAUUUCUCUGAUUUCUCCUCAGAAGUUCUAGAAUGUCUCCCCCAAAGCCUGCCCUGGACAAUUCCACCAGAGGAACUCAGCAAGAGAAGAGAUUUAAGAAAAGACUGCAUCUUCACCAUUGACCCAUCAACUGCCCGAGACCUCGAUGAUGCCCUCUCCUGUAGGCCACUGGCUGAUGGCACCUUUGAAGUGGGCGUCCACAUUGCCGAUGUGAGUUACUUUGUUCCCGAAGGAUCCCAUCUGGAUAAGGUGGCCGCUGACAGAGCCACAAGUGUCUACUUGGUUCAAAAGGUGGUCCCCAUGCUUCCCAGGCUGCUAUGUGAGGAGCUGUGUAGCCUCAACCCCAUGACGGACAAGCUGACCUUCUCUGUGAUCUGGACGCUGACCCCCGAGGGCAAGAUCCUCAAGGAGUGGUUUGGCCGGACCAUCAUCCGCUCCUGCACCAAACUGAGCUAUGAGCAUGCUCAGAGCAUGAUUGAAAGCCCAUCUGAGAAGAUCCCUGAGGAGGAGCUGCCCCCCAUCUCCCCAGAACACAGCAGCGAGGAAGUGCACCAGGCGGUCCUGAACCUGCACGGAAUCGCAAAACAGCUUCGCCAACAGCGCUUUGUGGACGGCGCACUGCGUUUGGAUCAGCUCAAGCUUGCUUUUACCCUGGACUCUGAGACUGGAUUGCCUCAAGGAUGUCACAUCUACGAGUACCGGGACAGCAACAAGCUCGUGGAGGAGUUCAUGCUCCUGGCCAACAUGGCAGUGGCCCACAAGGUCUACCGCGCCUUCCCCGAGCAGGCCCUGCUGCGCCGGCACCCUCCCCCGCAGAUGAAGAUGCUCAAUGACCUGGUUGAAUUCUGUGACCAGAUGGGGCUGUCCAUGGAUGCCAGCUCUGCGGGGGCCCUCAACAAAAGUCUGACCAAAAUAUUUGGAGAUGACAAGUACUCGCUGGCCCGGAAGGAGGUGCUUACCAACAUGUACUCCCGGCCCAUGCAGAUGGCGCUCUACUUCUGCUCAGGGGUGCUGCAGGACCAGGCGCAGUUCCGGCACUACGCCCUCAACGUGCCUCUCUACACACACUUCACCUCUCCCAUCCGCCGCUUCGCUGAUGUCGUGGUGCACCGCCUGCUGGCCGCUGCGCUGGGCUACAGGGAGCAGCCGGAAGUGGAGCCCCAUGCCCUGCAGAAGCAGGCUGACCAUUGCAAUGACCGCCGCAUGGCCUCCAAGCGCGUGCAGGAGCUCAGCGCCAGCCUCUUCUUUGCUGUCCUGGUCAAGGAGAGUGGCCCUCUGGAGUCAGAAGCCAUGGUGAUGGGCGUCUUGAACCAAGCCUUUGACGUCCUGGUGCUGCGCUACGGGGUACAGAAGCGCAUCUACUGCAAUGCGCUGGCCCUACGAUCCUACCACUUCCAGAAGGUGGGCAAGAAACCCGAACUCACGCUCAUCUGGGAACCCAAGGACCCUGAACAGGAGCCAGCACGGCAGGUCAUCACCAUCUUCAGCCUGGUGGAGGUGGUCCUGCAGGCGGAGGCUGCAGUUCUCAAGUACAGUGCCAUCCUGAAGCAGCCGGGCCCCGAGGGCUCCCUGGCCCUGGAGGAGGACGAGGAAGAGGAUGAGGAGGAAGAGGAGUCCCAUGGUGCACUGGAAGACUGAAUGCCAGCCCUGAGCCUGGCCCAAGCCAGCCCCACCCCACUGGCUUUUAGGAAUAGGACCUUUUGACACCAAAGGGAAUUUUUAAUUUGGUUUUUAACAUCUCAGGGGUUUGUUUUUAUUUUUUCAGUUUAUUUUAUUUUUGCAGCUCAGUUUUUAAAUGAUGAACUGGAAGGGAGAGGGCAAGGCUGGAUGGAAGGCUGAGGCCUGGAUGGCACUUCCUCAAGCAAAGAGGGCUCCAGUCUUCCUGAGAGGCCAGCCCGCUUCUGCCAGGCCACCCACUGCCCUCCCCUGCCCAGGAAAUGGGGGUUUUCAGCAAAUCAGUGUCAUGGAAUAAAAUCAAGUGUGCAGUGC